GUAAUCAGAAUUUCAAUUAUUUCCUUGCGAUCGUCCCCUCUUCGACUUUUAUUAGGGUUUUCGAUUUUUCAGAGAUCAAAUCAAUGGCUUCUCUCGAUACCGACGUUAACAUGAUCCCCGCCGGUGAAUCCUCUAACUCCGCUGCACCUUCUUCAUCGAGCAAGAAGGCGAAGAGAUUCGAAGUUAAGAAGUGGAGCGCCGUCGCUCUCUGGGCUUGGGAUAUCGUUGUUGAUAAUUGCGCUAUCUGCAGAAACCACAUCAUGGAUCUCUGUAUUGAAUGUCAGGCUAAUCAGGCCAGCGCUACGAGUGAGGAAUGCACUGUUGCUUGGGGGGUUUGCAAUCACGCGUUCCACUUUCACUGUAUCAGCAGAUGGUUAAAGACUCGUCAAGUUUGUCCAUUAGAUAACAGUGAGUGGGAGUUCCAGAAAUAUGGUCACUAAAAUCAACGAAUCGUGCCAUCAACUUUGUCUUAUAUAAGAUGUCAUGCUCAUUUCACUGCCGCAUAUGAGAUACUAAGAUUUGCUCAAACUUCUUGUUUCCUUUGUUUUCGUUUUUUCCUUGUUGUGUGAAGACAGAGAUAUUUAGUUUAACUGAAUCUAUUAUUCUUUUUUGCUUCAGUAAUGUCUUAAAAAAAUUUAAAAAUUUA